AUUGCUGACUAUUCGCGAGUGUUAUGCGUGGAGAAUGUGACACGAGCUUUCCGCGAGAAUGACACCACUGCUUUAUCAACUCAUCCACCGAAUCUUGGCGAUGAUCUCUUCACGAUGCCGUUGGAUGAUUUCAUGCGAGAAGCGAAUCGAACGCUUUGCGUGCAAUUCGAGGGUGGUUUCUUUGGCGCCGAACCGUCCUCAUCACUUCUGAUUGCUUUUUUGGUACUACUCACACUGAUCCUCGUUGCCGGCUUCAUUGCAUUAGGCAUGGCGAGAAAAGCCCACAAUUCGAUGGCACAACGAAGAUACAAAGCCACCUCAUCCCUCAAUUGCUCAUCAACAACCGGCUCCUCUCCUUUACCAAUCCCAUUGAUCUCCUAUGACGCAUUUGUCUCAUACGCCCGACAAGACGAGAAAAUGGUUGAGGAGAGGAUUUGCAGGCCACUAGAAGAGGAGGAUUAUCACUUGUGUCUUUUGCACCGCGAUGGGCCCACGUACAACUCCAAGCUACACACAGUCCAGGACGAGCUACACGCACAAAUGGAAAGCGCUCAGUGUUUGAUCUUGGUGUUGACGAAGCAUUUCCUGGAAAACGAGUGGACAACGGUGCAGAUCCGUACAAGCCACCAGCUUUUCUCGAGGAAUCGCUCGAAACGCGUGAUCGCCAUUUUGGACACUGAUGUAGACGCGAAUAGCCUGGAUGAGGUUUUGGGCGGAAUGUUGCGGCAAAACGAUUGGAUCCGAAUGAACGAUCAUCUCUUUUGGACACUCUUGAGAUCAAAACUCCCGUUGAGGUCACCGGGCAUGCACUCAGCUGGAUCGAAUACGGCGUCACAGGUCUACUCCGAUCUCUACGGUCCAGUGCCAUCGGAAAUUCUC